GUGGAACACUCGGAACACUUCAAUGUCUCCAAUUUCCUUUGCUGACUGAACUCUGCGAACGACCGAGUUUUCAACCUUUCAACUGUGAAUCAUCAAUCGAUUGCUCAUCCCGGUUUAUCCUAAGAUUCGACAGAAAACAUAAAGGAACGGAGAUAAAGGAAUUUCAAGUUCGUCCGAGAUAGCCGGAUCUAAAAGAAUCGGAGACAGCGAAUGUUUACCACCAAGUCAGUAAAAUAUGUUUGGGUCACUACGUAGCAAAUUUCAAACAGUGCAAGAAGGUAUAUCUGCUAGUAUACGUGGAUUGUCGACUCCCGAGCAUCCAAAGAGCAAAAAAUCAACCAAUGUAAGAAAUGUAAAUUAUGAUGCUGGGGCAGAUGUUUUGCAUCAUUUUCAACUGCAAUGGAAUGAGCUUCAUGAGCUCGCUGAGGAAAACGCGGGAAAGGCUCAAGAAGCAGAUGUGCUGAUAUCCUCUAUUUAUGAAAAACUUCAACACGAGUGGAACAAUGUUACAUGCUUAAACAAUACUUUAGCUUACAUUCCAAAGAUUAAUAAUGCGAUUCAAGAUCUGAUGGACCAAAUAGGAAACUUACAAGAAAUGUUCGAAGAAGUUGAAGGAGCUUUAUAUCGAUUGGAAGAUUUAAAUGAAAUGUUAGAUUUACAAAGUAGACAGUUGGAUCACAGGUUCCAAUUGGCUUUGUACAAAGAGAAGAAAUUGAUAGAAUUAAAUAAUUUCAAAACAAAACUAGCUAACGAGCACACAGAGAGACUUUCACAGCAUGAAUUAAAUCAGCAAAAAAAAUUAAAAGAACGACGAGAAACUUUUGAGGAAGCUUUUAAAGAGGACCUUGAGGAAUACAAAACAACUGGAUCUAUACCAAAGUUACCAGUCUCCGCGAAAGGCCCAUCCUUGGACGAGAUAGUAUUAGACAUUGAUUCAAAGAUAUUUGAUGAGUUUUUAGAUAAUUAGAAGCAGAGGAUUCAAAUAAAGUGUUGCUAUUAAACUUUUUUAUUUGAAAAUAUAGUAUAUAGCAUAUGCGACGAAGAAUGAUUUUUAAUUGCAUUUUUUACAAUUAGAUAUUAGGGCUGUGACUCAGACAAUUUAAACUUUUUAAUAUAAAGAAUGUAAAAAAUUAGUGAAAAGUUUCUCAUAUGAAUGCUUCCGAUUUUUCAGAUGCCUAAACUUUUAAAUUUCCCGAAAUUUUAUACAGUUCGCAAAUGCAAGUAUAUUUUGUGAAUUGUAUUAUUUACUGUUUGAAUUGAAGAGAAUUCAAAUUUUAUCCUGCAACAAUUCUCUCAUGUAUGUAAAUAGAUGUAAGAAAAAAAUGUUAUUUUGUUAAAUUUCCUUAAUUGUAUCACAACUAAAUAAAAUAAAUUGACAUAUAUUAA